GAAAACUGCAGCACACAAUAAAGAAUACCAAGAACUCUGAUUCCACAGAAAUGAAGGCUUGAUUCAUCCUCACGGAGAAGGAGAGCAUCAGUUAAGGGAGAGGGGAAUACAGAUUUCUCAUCCCUGGAGGAAGAACGUGAACCAGAGGGACAGAAGGCUUGGAUGAUGCUGGAUGACUUCUCAAGAGCCACUGGAAAGAAAUUGGGUGGUUGGAAGAGGUGCUGAGACAACCCCGCUAUGGCAGGCAUUCCAAAAGACCACGGAAAGGAGCAUACGGAAGCAGCGGAAAUACCUCGGCCAAUAGAAGUCUCUGACUUGAGUCAGCAGGUGUGGACCCUUCAGGGUCAGACCCUGGUGGCAGUUCCCCGGAGCGAAAAUGUGGCUCCAGUCACGGUCACUGUUAUCGCAUGCAAGUAUUCAGACUCUUUUGAGAAAGGCAAAGGGAAUCCUGUUUAUUUGGGAAUCCAGAAUCCAGAAAUGUGUCUGUGUUGUGAGGACAUCGGAGGACAGCACAAAUUGCAGCUGAAGGACCAGAAGAUAAUGGAUCUGUACAACAAAGCUGAGCCGGUGAAGCCCUUCCUUUUCUACCACAGCCAGACAGGCAGUACCUCCAGCUUUGAGUCUGUGGUCUUUCCCGGCUGCUUCAUUGCCUCUUCCGAGAGAGGCCAGCCCCUCGUUCUCACUUCGGAGCUGGGGAAAACUUACAUUACUGUCUUCCAUAUAGUUUUCAAGGAUUUAACUGAGCCUAGAGGUGGCAGCUUGGUCUUAUAAUUUCGAGUCCUCAGCGUGUUUUCAUCUGUAUUAUCUCAGCAUCAUUGUACAUCGAUGCUGUUCUCAUAUUAUUUUAUGAAUGGAGAAAAAGCAAUGACUUCGUGGCAAUCAAGGAAUAGAAUGUGGACUCAAAAGCAGAAUCUGGAUUCUCCUUUCAAGCUGAUACUGUCCAUCCCUCCAGCCAUCUGUGCAAGGACAUCAGGACCCAAAAAACAGCAGGAGUCUCUCCUGGGUGUGGUUAUGAAGAAGCCUCAGAACUCAUGAAUCUUACCCAAGAUCCUGGGACUAGCACAGAGCUGGUCUUUGUUUUUGUUUUGCUUUGUUUCCUUUGCUAAUGCGAUUACAUUUCCUGUAAUCUCUAUACGUUUCUAGUAUAUUGCAAGGAGUGUAAUACAUCCCUUUAACGGUUAGGAACUUGUAAAGAAAACCAGUUCUUAAUUACAUAACUUUGUCUAAUUGUAAUCUGUUACCAUGAAACCAAAUACAGGGACUCCCGUGGUGGCUCAGUGGCUAAGAAUCCACCUGCCAACACAGGGGACAUGAAUUCAAAACCUGGUCCGGGAAGAUCCAACAUGCCACAGAGCAACUUAAGCCCUUGUGCCACAACUACUGAGCCUGCACUCUAAAGCCUGUGAUCCACAACUACUGAAGUCUGUGUGCCUAGAGCCCAAGCUCCGCAACAAGAGAAGACACUGCAGUGAGAAGCCCAUGU